AUGACAAAUUUCAAUUGGAUAAUAAUUAUAAUCAGUAUUCUAUGCUUAUCAAUAAUUGUUGUAUCGGACAAUAGUUCGAAUCUUUUACCACAAUCAAUUAUUGAACUUAAACAAUAUUAUGAUGCUAUUAAGAAUUUAGAAAAACGUGGUAUUUUAAAUAAGAAUAUUGCUGAUGAAGAAAAACAAUUAUAUAUUCAACAUGCAUCAAAACUUGUUGGAAGUAAAGAAUUAUUAACAGAAGAAGAAUUUAUAACAUGGAACCAACGACAAUUAAUUAUAUCUUUUUCAAAUAUAAUAGCUAUUUUAGCUGGUAUUACUGUUAUCAUAUCGUUAACAGUAUUAUUAGGCAUUUUUAUAUUACCAAUACUAGUUAAUAUACCACCUAUUCUUUGGGAAAUAUUUUUUUUUAUAAUAUCAAUCUGUUUAAUGAUGUUAAUUCAUAAUUCAUGGUUAAUUUUCUUUGGUUGUCUUACAUUUUUAGCAACGCUAUCAUUUACAAUUAAAUUACAUUUUUCAGAAAGCAAAUAUGCUGGUUUAGUAGCAUCUUGGACAUGUUUUUUUGUUUGGACUAUUGUUGCUAUUUAUCAACAACAUCGAGAAGCAGGUUAUUUAGCUAUUAUGGCUUUAGAAUCAUCAUUAGGCUUUGUAAUAUUUGUUGGAGAAUUAGUUAUUAUGAUUGGAUUUCAUGAUGAAAAAGUUAUUCCAAGUGGUACAGUAGCUUCAUUUAUUUUAAUUCUUAUUGGAAGUAUUUUACAUAUUCAAAAACAUUCAAAUAUAUUAACAAUUCCAUUUACUCGACCAUUAUUAUUCUUAGGAACAUUUGUUUAUUUUAUUGGAUUACUUAUUCUUAGUUCACGAUUGUAUACUAAACCAUAUAACAACAAACUUGGAUUUUGUUUAUUACAAUUUAUUACAUUUUUCAGUGGAUUGGCAACAAUGUUUUUCGGUCCAAUGCUUGAAUUACCAUUUAUUCAAGCUAUUGGUGGAACAAUGUUUGUUAUAUGGUUAUUAGAAAAAUAUGUUGAAAUUGCACCAUGGAACAAUACAGUGACAACCGCUGGUAGUUUGCUAGGUUUUGGAUUAUUACUCUAUGGAUUUGCAUACUUUUUGAAAAUGAAUCCUGAUUAUUUUAUUUUCCAUAUUUACUCUUCGAAAUGA